CCAGAGACCACAGCAGACAUGAUCAAACGUAUCUCCAACUCCUCACACCUCAUGGUGUCUGCGUUUAAGGACCACCGGAGAGCUGGGGUGAUACGGGUGAUCAGCAUCGUCAAGAGGGAUGAGCUACAGAAGCUGUACUGCCUGCUCUGUCACACUAAGACUAACACUAGCGCUACUUCUCCAGGUCCAGGACAUGGGGCUGCUCCCCAGUGUGAGCUGUCAGAGGCAAAAGUUGAAAUACACACCGAUCACUAUCACUUUCCUUAUGGCACAUCAGACAUAUUCUGCAACAGUACACCAUCGUCCAUGGAGGCCACACAUGUUGCCAUAACAGCAGACCCAAACACUGUCCAGAGUUCAGAAUAUUUACUGAUCAAAAAUAAGAAGAUAGCAGAACCGUUUCAAUACGACUUUACCGUCUGCAUAUCCAACCUCUUUGGGGACUACAAUAAUGCCCUCCAGUUUCUGCAGACCAUGGAGGUCUACAAGCUGAUGGGUAUUCAACGAGUGGUCAUCUACAACACCAGCUCUGGGCCUGAUGUGGAAAAAGUACUCAAGUAUUACAAGAAAGAGGGCAUGCUGGAGGUUGUACCUUGGCCAAUAGACAAGUUCCUUAACCCCUCACGUGGAUGGCAACCAGACAAAGACCCUGGGGACCUUCAUUAUUAUGGACAGACCACGACUCUAAAUGAAUGCAUCUACAGAUACAUGUAUCAGUCACGGUACCUUCUCCUGAAUGACAUUGAUGAGAUUAUUAUGCCUUACAACACCAGAAAAAUCCCCAAUUUAGUGGACUUUGUGGAUGACCUACAGAAGAAGUACCCUAAAGCGGGGGUCUUCCGCUUUGAGAACCGUGUUUAUCCCAGAACAGUUUGUCAGUGUGAUGAUGGGGGGCGCUUUAGGUUGCUUGAGUGGGAAAGUGUGCCUGGUGCAAAUAUACUGCAGCACAUUUACAAUCAGCCAUACAAUGGAAAGGAGUACAAGGAGUACAAGAUGAUUAUAGAUCCUCGCCGUGUAGAGCAGACGUCUGUGCACCAAGCACUCGAGACUUUCGGGGCCCAGAUUCUUGUGCCGUUUGAUAUCUGCCACGUAAUACACAUCACCUUUCGAAAGAAACACGUCCGCUAUCAGAAGGAGCUGUACGAGGACAGGAAACUUUGGGAGUUUGAAACAAAUCUGAUUCCCAUUUUCAACCAUGCCCUACAUAAGUCAGGCCUGUUAAAAUAAUGUAAGACGGUCCCUUCGGUCAUGUAGAGUAACAUAAUUUGAAGAAAUUUGGCAGAAAAAACUCCUGGUCUUAUGUGAGGAAGUACA